GGCCCAGUUAGUCCCUGUGUUCUCCUUUGGGGAAAACGAGCUCUUCGACCAGAUGACCAACCCUGCCGGCUCGCCACUCCGCUGGCUACAGGACCACCUGCAAAGGCUCAUGGGAGUGGCACUGCCGCUGUUCACCGGGAGAGGAGUGUUCCAGUACAGCUUUGGUCUACUGCCCUACAGACAGCCCAUACACACUGUUGGUACGACACACAACCUGCUGCCCUACAGACAGCCCAUACACACUGUUGGUACGACACACAACCUGCUGCCCUACAGACAGUCCAUACACACUGUUGGUACGACACACAACCUGCUGCCCUACAGACAGCCCAUACACACUGUUGGUACGACACACAACCUGCUGCCCUACAGACAGCCCAUACACACUGUUGGUACGACACACAACCUGCUGCCCUACAGACAGCCCAUACAGACUGUUGGUACGACACACAACCUGCUGCCCUACAGACAGCCCAUACACACUGUUGGUACGACACAACCUGCUGCCCUACAGACAGCCCAUACAGACUGUUGGUACGACACACAACCUGCAGCCCUACAGACAGCCCAUACACACUGUUGGUACGACACACAAACCUGCUGCCCUACAGACAGCCCAUACACACUGUUGGUACGACACACAACCUGCUGCCCUACAGACAGCCCAUACACACUGUUGGUACGACACACAACCUGCUGCCCUACAGACAGCCCAUACACACUGUUGGUACGACACACAACCUGCUGCCCUACAGACAGCCCAUACACACUGUUGAUACGACACACAACCUGCUGCCCUACAGACAGCCCAUACACACUGUUGGUACGACACACAACCUGCUGCCCUACAGACAGCCCAUACACACUGUUGGUACGACACACAACCUGCUGCCCUACAGACAGCCCAUACACACUGUUGAUACGACACACAACCUGCUGCCCUACAGGACAGCCCAUACACACUGUUGGUACGACACACAACCUGCUUGCCCCUACAGAAGCCCAUACAACACUGUUGGUACGACACACAACCUGCUGCCCUACAGACAGCCCAUACACACGGUUGGUACGACACACAACCUGCUGCCCUACAGACAACCCAUACACCACUGUUGAUACGACACACAACCUGCUGCACUACAGACAGCCCAUACACACUGUUGGUACGAACACAACCUUGCUGCCCUACAGACAGCCCAUACACACUGUUGGUACGACACACAACCUGCAGCCCUACAGACAGCCCAUACAGACUGUUGGUACGACACACAACCUGCAGCCCUACAGACAGCCCAUACACACUGUUGGUACGACACACAACCUGCUGCCCUACAGACAGCCUCUACAGACUGUUGGUACACAAACCCUUUCUCCCCUAUCUCUCCAAUGAGUAGACCAUCCCAGUGGGUUAUAUAGAGAUAAAUAUGGUUGAAACCUCUUCCUCGCUCCUUCCAUCUCUCUAUCCCCCCCUCUCUCUCUCUCCAGUGGGUAGGCCUAUUCCAGUGGUCCAGACCCCCUCUCCCACUAAGGAUGAUAUAGACUGUCUCCAUUCUCUAACCUUCUCCUCUCUCUCUCUCCAGUGGGUAGGCCUAUUCCAGUGGUCCAGACCCCCUCUCCCACUAAGGAUGAUAUAGACCGGCUCCAUUCUCUCUACCUGGAGGGACUCACUGCUGUGUUUGAAGACAACAAGGACAACUAUGGCGUUGCAACAGACAAACACCUCCACUUCAUC